AUGCGUCCGCUGGCUCUCCUCUGUGUGCUGGUGACGGUCUCCGUCUCCCUGGCUCGGCCUCAACUCACCGAUCUGGUCGAGCUCAUCAACAAGGCCAACACCACCUGGACGGCCGGCCAGAACUUCUACAACAUCGAUAUCAGCUAUGUGAAGGGACUGUGUGGGACAAUACUGAAUGGACCCAAGCUGCCAGAGGUGGUUCACAGUACAGAGGGCAUAAAGCUUCCUGCCAGCUUCGACGCGCGUCAGCAGUGGCCCAACUGUCCCACCAUCCAACAGAUCCGAGACCAGGGAUCAUGUGGCUCCUGCUGGGCCUUUGGGGCGGCGGAGGCGAUAUCCGACAGGUUAUGUAUCCACACCAGGGGUAAGAUCUCUUUGGAGAUCUCUGCUGAAGAUCUACUGUCCUGCUGUGAUGAAUGCGGCAUGGGCUGUUUAGGUGGCUAUCCCUCUGCUGCUUGGGAGUUCUGGGCAAAGAGAGGGCUGGUGACAGGAGGCCUGUAUGCCUCCAAAGUCGGCUGCCGACCCUACAGCAUCGCUGCCUGUGAGCAUCACGUGAAUGGGACUCGUCCUCCGUGUCAGGGUGAAGGGGACACUCCUAAGUGUGAAGAGCAGUGUAUUGAUGGAUACUCGCCGUCCUAUCCGAAGGACAAACACUUUGGUAAACGCUCAUACAGCGUCCCGUCCAAGCAGGAGCAGAUCAUGACCGAGCUGUACAAGAACGGGCCUGUGGAGGCCGCGUUCUCUGUGUAUGCAGAUUUUCUGCUGUACAAGACUGGUGUGUACCAGCAUCUGAAAGGUGACAUGCUGGGCGGUCAUGCCAUCAAGAUCCUCGGUUGGGGGGAGGAGGAUGGGACGCCCUACUGGCUGGCUGCAAACUCCUGGAACGGUGACUGGGGAGAUAAAGGUUUCUUCAAGAUCAAGCGUGGAAAUGACGAGUGUGGUAUUGAGUCAGAGGUGGUGGCAGGAAUCCCACACAACUAGAUUAAAUCAAGAACGAUACAAAUGAACUCCUUAUUUUGUAAGAUACUUGCUUAUUGCAUUUUAAUCAAAAUAGGAAGCGAUUUCAUGUAAUCAACAGGGAAUAAAUUGUGAAACAAGA